GUGGUUUCAUGUGAGCAAUAAAUAAACUCGUGUUUUCUGUUGUCUUAAGAAUUGAGGUUAACUGUGUCAUAUAUUUUGUCGGUGUUGUUAUUGGUGUUGCCUGAGGAUGUGUGAAAAGUGUCUAAAAAUGCGACGCAGGCGCAAAUAGUGACGAUAAGACAGACAUUAUCUUAUUUACCGAGUUUGUUCUAGUUUUGUUUGAAAUAGUCAUCAGUGUGACAAGUGUAUUUUAUUGUGUGUUAACGUAAACGUAGUAAAGUGGUGACGUAAAGAAUAUAAAAUCUAUAAUAGUUCCGUACUGUUCAUAAGUAAGUGACAAAUGACAUAAAGACAUGUUUAAUUUGAAUAUAUUCGGUACGUGAGUGACCAGUUGACUCUGUGCAAACUAUUUUACAACGUCGUUUGGUAUCUUGAGUGAUAAACGUGAGCGCGCACCCUAUACCCGCGCCGACGUCAAACUACUCACUAACUGAAAACUGUUUUCCGUGGCGAGCUGAUAAUUUUUCGUUAUAGUAUCUCGCGAUACAAUUAUAAAGUGUUUAGCGCGUCGUUACGCGGCGGCGGCGGUCGUGAUCGGUACAUUAUCGCGCGAUGCUUCAGGAGAUACGGCGGGGGAUGCAGGCACAGACGUCGCGCCGCGUCUGAGCCGCGCACACGCAGCGCACAACACAGCCGAUAUGCACGCAGACCCAGAGUCGCCCGCCUGCCGCGAGGAGGCCCACCUCCUGCCCGACGAGUGGCUCAAAGUGAAGACCGUGCCCGCCAAUGGGAACCUCUCCCCGGGCGUCUACUACCCAACAGUCAGCAAGAGGAGUCGGUCGCACAGGCACGGUGCCACGCGCAGGACGAGACGUCGGGCCAUACUUAAAAAUGGCGAGUGCAACAUACUCAAGUCCCGCAUAUCCCAGCGCCGACUACGAUUCCUGCAGGAUAUGUUCACAACUCUUGUGGACGCACAAUGGCGAUGGACACUGCUCGUUUUUACUCUCUCCUUCAUCCUUUCGUGGCUCGGCUUCGCACUCAUCUGGUGGCUAAUCGCCUUCACACACGGAGACCUGGAAGUCGACCAUCUUCCACCCAUGCAAGAAUCCUCUAACUGGAAACCGUGCGUGUUCAACAUUUACGACUUCACUUCCUGCUUCUUGUUUAGUAUCGAAACUCAGCACACGAUAGGAUAUGGCUCGCGUACUACAACAGAGGAAUGUCCGAAAGCCAUAUUCAUAAUGUGCUUACAGAGUAUAGUCGGUGUUAUGAUACAAGCGUUUAUGGUGGGCAUCGUGUUCGCUAAGAUGACGCGGCCGAAGCACCGAACGCAAACUCUUCUGUUUUCGAAAUACGCCGUCGUUUGCCAGCGCGACGGCGAGCUGUGUUUGAUGUUCCGUGUCGGAGACUUGCGGAAGUCGCAUAUUAUCGGAGCUAGUGUCAGAGCUCAAUUAAUACGAUCCAGGACGACGAAGGAAGGCGAGCUGCUUUCUCACUAUCAGACUGAAUUGGAGCUGAAUGCCGACGGAUGCGAUAGCAAUCUAUUCUUUAUCUGGCCCAUCACAAUGGUGCAUAGGAUAAACGCCGAAAGCCCGUUCUACGGAGUGUCAGCGGCCGACGUUCUGCAGGAGAGAUUCGAGAUAGUUGUCAUAUUAGAAGGAACUAUUGAGUCGACAGGACAGACUACACAGGCCCGCUCCAGUUAUACGACUAGUGAAAUAAUGUGGGGACAUAGAUUCGUACCCCUUGUGUCCUAUAACCGGGAGCGUCAGGGAUACGAAGUAGACUACUCCAAGUUCGAUGAGACCUCGCAAGUGGACACGCCGCUUUGCUCUGCUAAAGAGCUGGACGAGUUCUACGGGAACCAGCCUGAUCGGAGAUCAAUUGAGAGCGGGGAGCACCUCGUGCUGAAGAUGCCGGAGAGAGCAACAAACGAACCAAAAGCUGAACAGAAAGAUGGGGACUUCACUGUCACUUUAUAAACUGAUAUACGAAAUAGCUCUAUUUUCGAACAUUGGGUUUUUAACUUUUUUUUGUUCUAUUUAAGAGUAGUGAAUCUCAUGAUUUAGAUUUAAGUCUCAAUAAUGAUAUAAUUAAUUAAUAGAAACCAAUACAAUUAUCAUAUAAUUCCAGUUACAUAACUAGUCAUAUAGAUUAGAGGAUAUAAUCUCAGUGAUAACAAGGUUAAACCUAAAAGGUUGUGCAAAUAAUUCUAAUUUUAUGAAUAAACAUUCCAGUGUCGAGCGUAGUAUUAUAUAUUUAUUGUAUGAAGGUUGAUAAAUAUUAUGUUAAAGUACAAAGUUGUGAACAAUUUUCAUUUUCAAUUCGCGGAAAUGUUCUCAAUUUCAAUGCAAAUGCAAUUUUGAAAAUAGAUUCGAAAUGUUCUUAGGCUCGUAUUGUAUAAUUUUAUGUUGAA